AUGACCAGCUCAUCUACAGAUACAGCUGAUCUUUUGCCGGGCAACCGGGGCCGGUACGAGCAGAGUAAGCUAUCGCCCAGGAGCACGUCAUCAACCGUAAACUCGCCAGUUACCAGUUUGAAUCUCGACGCAUUCCGCAACGAAGAGCAUCUACUGCCCUUUGAUGGGGGUGAGGAAGUGUUUGGCGAGUUCAAGAAGCGCAAGGAACACAAGGUCACCGAGGAAGAUUCGAAUAUGAGCGAAGACGAGUUUCUAGCCAAAAACACAGUGGGUUGGAACCAUGGUUACAGAUUGCCCUUUUCGCUUAUUAGGUAUUUGCAGUUGCAGGAAAAGUCCACCAAGAUUGAGUUGGACACCAACAACAAGGAUCUCCAGUACUUGUUCAACCCCAAGUUCCAUUUGGACGUUAUCGAGCAUGCCACUCAAGGACGUAAAGACUCCGAUGUGUCCUUUUUUGAAGCUGCUGAUGAGCAGGCUAAUCCGACACAGGGACUAUUGAUGGCCGCAAAUGUCCCCAUAAGUGCCUUCUCCGGCUACUUGUCCAUCCCCAAGAUCUCCCUCAACAUCCCCAACAAGUUUAGCAAGGAUAAGCGGCAGUUGAAGAUCAUGUCGGAUGUGCCCAAGAUUUGCUAUCAGACGUCGUUUGCAGUUGGAGAAAACACCUUUGUCUUUGGUGGGCUUUACGUUUCCAGGUUUACCAACUUUGACCAUUUGGGCCUACCGCUUAGUGUUGACGUUGACAAAAUCUCGGUCCAUUUUCCCUACGAGACGCCGCCGUUUCUCGACCGCAAGAUCUUGACCAGCCCCUUUUUGAUGCAGCACAAGGAAUUUUUCCAGUUCAACUCGACAAAGGGAACGGUCACUGAUUUGGACACCUCAAACACUGAGAAUUUCCCCGGGCAUUUGUGUGCCAUGGUUGCCACACGUAUCGCCCCCAGGCACUUUUUCUUUUAUGGUGGAUUUGAAAUCAAAAUCGACAGCGUCAAGCAUGAUAUUAGCACCGGGAGGUGGAUUGUUGAAAAGAGGAUGGUGUUGAAUGAGGACGGGUACAUUGUCAACACCAUCAAUUUCAAAUUCGUCAAGGUUAAGUUGAAACUGAACAACCCCACCAUAACUUUAGGUCGCAUCGGAUCAGGGAUUUGCUCGAAUCUUUACGACCCGUUGCUGAAAUACCAAACUGGUGCCAUGUUUGAGUCGAAACUGAACCCAACCGCGGCAGCAUAUGAGCCACGCACGUCGCUGCCUCCAAUCUUUGCAGAUACGGCCACAAAGUCGAGCCAGGUGCUGAAUGAACCGGGUUUCGGGAUCACAUCUUCAAUAUCGCGCCAUUUGGGCAAAAACUCCAAGGACUCGUCUUUUUCAAGCAGUGGCAAAGGCAGUGAGCAGACUUCAGAGAAUAGCCAAGCGCGUUCUUCCUCGCCAAAGGAGUACAGAUCCGAUGAGCACACGCCGGUGAAGAUGCAACCGAGCAGGCAGACAAGCUUGCAAACGGUGCUAACUGCGACUUCCCUCGAGUCGCCGCUCUCUGAGUCGCCUGUUAGCAAGUCCAGCAGCGGUGGCUCCAAGUCGUCGCCUUCCAACUAUUCAAAGAUGGACAAGAUCAAAAAGAAGUUUCAACGAACCAAUCUCAAAAACACUUAUUCCCACAGUGUUCGAAGACACAGGUCCAAUUCCCAUCACAGUAUUAAUAGUAAUCAAAACCAAAAUACAAAUCAAAGUCAUAAUAAUAAUAACAAUAAUAAACACAAUACUACUACUACAACUAAUAAUAAUAAUAAUAAUAAUAAUAACAAUAAUAAUAAUAACGAUAACCAUUCUGGUGGAAGCAGCAGGGCUGAAUCACCCGUGCAUGGCGCAAGUACAAACUCAAGCAUGAAUGCAACUCCAACCACAUCGAAUGCCGGAGCCACUACGGCCGGCUCAGUGGCAAGAGCAAUCUUGAGCAGAAACCCUAUGUCAACUAACCCGUUGCCAGCUGUCAAGGCUAGCAUCCCUUUUGCACCCAAACCCAUUUUGCCAAAGCUUCAUGUCAACACCGGUGGCAUCCAUGCGCCUUUGGUGCAUACAGAGUCGAGCAGUUCAGACCGGUCGUCGCGCACUCCGCACAGCCGCGAAUCGCCUAGCCGUCGAAGCAUGACUCCGCCCGAACACCGCAGAGUGGAAUCGGAAAAUGGUAAGAACUCGGGUGACGCGCGCGACCAUUACGAGGAUGUGAUUUCUCACUCAAGUGUGAUUGACGAUGAGGGGGGAGAUGGAGGAAGAGGAGGAGGAGAUGAGCAAGAAAGAGGAGAAAGAGGAGGAGGAGGAGGAGACGAACACGAGAGAGGAAGAGAAGCCGCGGAAGAACAACAAGAAGAAGAAGAAGAAAAAGGGAUGGAGAGGGAAGAGGAGGAGGACAUAUUUUACGAGGCUGAACCAAAACAUACCUCAGUGAACCGAUUGUUCAACGAUGCAGUCACCAACCUGUCAGUUUUCGUAUUUGGAGGAUUCAUCAUGGGCGAGCCAACUGUGGUCGACGGCGUCACCAUGCAGAAAUUCGUGGCCACCAACGAUCUCUUCAAGAUUGAUCUUUCCACAAACGACGAAGCAGCCAAAGCAAUGGGCUCCGCUUGCUUUUUGAACAAAGCAUUGGUGACGAGAGUGGGACCCGACCCGGAGUCCUGUGACAUUGUCUUGGAUGAAGAUGAAAGCUGGCCCAGCCCUCGAGGCUAUUUUGCCUAUUGCAUGGUUGACUAUUCGGAAGAGGUGGAUGAGAAGUGCACUUUGGACGUGAGCGAGUCCCGGGACCCGUGGCGGGCACACCUGAUCAGACGCCAGACUUCCCCCGGCAUAAGUGAAAGUUCAAGCAGCUCAUUCACUGUCGGUGCCAACAUCGGGAGCCGCAUGAGUUCGACAUCGGCACGCAACUCUGUGAGCGUCUCGGAUGAGCGGUCGCUUGGGCCUUCUCAAGUGCAGAGCUACUUCACCAAGAGGACUCUCAUCGUUCAGGGAGGCUGCGCCGAGGAUGAUCAGUUCUUUGGCGAUUUCUACCGGUUUGUCUUUGACACGUGCAAAUGGGAAAAAGUCUCGACUUAUGCCUAUGACUAUUUCGAUCGUGCUUUAGAACCGGGCGAAGACGACGAUUCUGAUAUGUACUUGAAGGAAAACGAAGUUGCCCAUCCCGAGUUGAAGGAGGCUGAACUACGCUGCUGCCACCACACGUGCCUCUAUUACCAAAACGAAGAACGCGACUAUUUGUUCUUUGUGGGCGGGAUCAAGAAUAGCUACUUGAGGUACUUUGACCGCCAAGAGUACCAGUCGUCCAAGUUUGAUGUGUCUCGAAUCAGCGGCUUGCCGUUAUCGACGACAAACGCCAACUUGAUGCGUAUCGCCGUGCUCAACAUCCGCACUCAAACGUGGAGAUUUUCCAGAUACUACUUCGACAUCAACAAUGCCAUCAGUUCUUCUUAUAUCGAGCGAUUAGCUGAUCGUGAAGCGUACUUGAACACGCGAAUCUCCCAUUUUGCCGGCACCACGACCUUGAAUGGCAAGACGAUCACCAUGGCUCAGGGCUUGGUGAUUUUGACUCCCGAAAAGAAAAAGUACAUGCAGGAGAUAAAAGACGACAUACCCAUUGAAGAAAUGUUUUGGGGAGGUCACAUCCAGUUAACUUUUGCUGGUCUAUAG